UUUGACUUGACGCUUGGCUUUGUUUACAAUUAGAUUUUGAAUUUGGUUACUGCAGGAAGAAAUUAUGGCAGAAGAAGGAAUUGGACAGCUUGAAGCUGAUGCUCUUAAGAGAAAAGAACGUCUUUUAGCUCUUAAGAGAAAACGAGAGGAAACCUCAGGAGGCGAGGAAAAGUCUGCAGACGGAAUAAAACAAGAAGAGGAAAAAAUUCUUCCAAAGCCAAAGUUUCGAAGCUAUAAGCCACAAGAUGAUGAACUGCUGGAAAAUGUCCUUCCUGAAGCUACGCCAGGAGAUGUUGAGAUGGAAGUCAAAGAGCAGCUGGAAUCUGCCAAAAACCGAGGCAUCAUUGAAGAGCUGGACCUGACAACAUUGGCUCCAAGGAAACCUGAUUGGGACCUGAAGCGAGACGUUGCACAGAAAUUAGCCAAGCUGGAACGACGGACGCAAAGAGCCAUCGCUGAACUAAUCCGAGACAGGCUUCGAGAAGGGCAGAGUGAUUUGGCUGAGGCUGUGGCCAUGGCUAGGCCCUCUCAACAAGACGAGGACUGAUGAAGAAAAGGCCAGGAUAAUUUUUGUACAUACAUUCUUUAUAGAUAUAUUCAUUAAUAAUACUGGGAGGUGGAUUCCCUCUUUAAAACUUA